AUCAGUGUUAGGGUUGCAGGAGACCUAAACAGAGUCACCAUGAAGCUGGGCUGUGUCCUCAUGGCUGGGGCCCUCUACCUUUCCCUUGUUGUGCUCUGGGCAGCCCAGACGCUACUGGCUGCCAGUUUCAAGACGCUGCAGUGUGAGGGGCCUGUCCACACCGAAGAGAGCAGCUGCCACAUGGAGGAUGACUUGACUGACCCAAGGGAAGAUGGCUUCCAGAUCAAGGGCUACACUUUCAGUGAACCCUUCCACUUGAUUGUAUCCUAUGACUGGCUGAUCCUCCAAGGUCCAACCAAGCCAGUAUUUGAAGGGGACCCGCUAGUUCUGCGCUGCCAGGCUUGGCAAGACUGGCCACUGACUCAGGUGACCUUCUACCGAGAUGGCUCAGCUCUGGGUCCUCCUGGGCCUAACAGGGAAUUCUCCAUUGCCGUGGUACAAGAGGCAGACAGCGGGCACUACCACUGCAGUGGCAUCUUCCAGAGCCCUGGUCUUGGGAGCCCAGAAACAGCAUCUGCCGUGGCUAUCACAGUCCAAGAACUGUUUCCAGCCCCAAUUCUCAGAGCUGUACCCUCAGCUGAACCCCAAACAGGAGGCCCGGUGACCCUGAGCUGUCAGACAAAGUUGCCCCUGCAGAGGUCAUCUGCCCGCCUCCUCUUCUCCUUCUACAAGGAUGGGAGGACAGUGAGAAGCAGGGGCCUCUCCUCAGAAUUCCAGAUCCCCACAGCUUCAGAAGAUCACUCUGGGUCAUACUGGUGUGAGGCAACCACUGAGGACAACCAAGUUUGGAAACAGAGCCCGCAGCUAGAAAUCAGAGUGCAGGGUCCCCUCGCCUCUGCUGCACCUCCCACCUCAAAUCCAGCUCCUCAGAAAUCAGCUGCUCCGGGAACUGCUCCUGUGGAGCCCCCUGGGCCUCUGCCUCCACCGCCAGCUCCAUCUUCUGAAGAUCCAGACUUCUCUUCUCCUCUGGGGAUGCCAGAUCCCCAUCUGUAUCACCAGAUGGGCCUUCUUCUCAAACACAUGCAGGAUGUGAGAGUUCUCCUCGGUCACCUGGUCAUGGAGUUGAGGGAAUUAUCUGGCCACCACAAGCCUGGGACCACGAAGGCUACUGCUGAACAGAAGUAAACUAUUCACCCAUGAUCCUGCUUAACCACCCCAACAAAUCCAAUUCUUUCUAUUUUUUCUCUUCCUGUCCUGCACACAUGCAUACGUACUUUUACAAGUUGUCCCAUUGUCUUGUUAGAAUAAUGUAGAUAGGUGAGUGUAAAUAAAUUUGUAUAAAGUAAGAAUUGGAGUUUAGCUAUAAUUGUGUAUUCUCUCUUAACAUAACAGAAUUCUGCUCUUUACAUCAGGAAUUUCUGUUAUGCAGACCAGAAUUUUGUGAUUUAAAGAGAACUAAUGGAGGUGGAUUUAAUGCAGCAGUCUCAACUGGGGGCAAUUUUGCCCCCCAGAGGACAUUGGGCAAUGUUUGGAGACAUUUUGCUCAUCAUAAUUGGGGGGUUGUGGGGUGCUGGGAUGUGUGCGCUGCUGGCAUCUAGUAAGCAGAAGCCAGGGAUGCUGCUAAUCUCCUGUGAUGCAUAGGACAGCACUUCACAACGAAAGAUAAUCUGUCCCAAAAUGUCAGUUGUACUGAGUUUGAGAAACCCCAGCCUAUGAAACCCUAGAUGCUGGACUCCAGCGUGGGACUUUGCCCGUUGUAAUUAUUAUCUCCUUCCGCCUCGUUCAGCUAGUCUCAUUGAUGUACUAGUCUUUGGUGGGCACUGUGGGCUGUGCUUUAGUUUAAGUUUGUGUCCCCUCAAAAGCUGUAUGCUGAAAUCCUAAUCCCCAAGGUGACGGCAUUAAGAAGUGGGCCUUUGAGAAGUAAUUAGAUCAGGAGGGCAGAGGCUUAUGAUUAGGAUUAGUGCCCUUAUUUAGAAAACGCCCCAGAGAGCUAACGAACACUUCCACCACAUGAGGACACAUGGCAAGAAGGUGAUGCAUAUGAGGACCAAAAAACAGCUGUCACCAAACAUGGAAUCUGUUGUCGUCUUGAUCUUGAACUUCCAGUCUCUAGAACUGUGAAAAAUAAAUUUUUGUUGUUUAUAAGCU